AUGCGUCACCCCCCACCCAGAUUCGUCUUGACCGGGACCGCCGAACUCCAUAGCCGGAUUCAGCAACUCAGCAUGCGCGUGCAAAAGCUCGAAGCCGCUCUCGAAGCCGCCCACGGCUUGACCUCCACCGAAACCCAUCCACUCCUUCGGGACGAAGAGAAGCUCGAGCACGCAAUUGCUACCGAUGUUCCAUUGACAGAAAACGAGAAAAUUUGGAGGAAAGAGGAUGAUGUUACCAGCAAUUUUUCCAUGCUCGCAAUCGAAGACGAUGUCAAGAGGUCACGAUUCACCCCAAGCCACUUUUCCUUGUGGUAUUUGCACAACAUGCAGGAUCCUCAUCAUGCACCUUCUCUCUCUGAAAAACCUGGCGCAUCGAUCCCUUCAGCCUUUCCGAUAGACCUACUUUGCAUGGCGAUUGCACCACUUGAACAAUCUGAUGUACUUCAUCAAAAACUAUUGGCUUGCUUGCCCCCUUUCCACGUUGCCCUUUCUCUCGUUGAUGUUUAUUAUCGUAAUACCGGGUCCAUGCACAAUAUUGUUCCUCAGCAUCUCUUCAACGAAGAAUUCUGGCCAGCAGCGUACGAAGGUGCACACUCAAACUCUGUGGCUCUCGCUGUAGUAUAUGGAAUGCUUGCACUUGGCGCCAAAGUUCAUCCUUCCCUACCAGCCGGGUCGCUAUCGGCGCAGAAGUAUUAUAACCUAGCAAUUCUCGCCAUGUCCCAAGAUCCGCUCAGUAUUGUGCACAUAGAGGCACUAUAUCUCUUUACGGUGUACAAUUGUGGAGUUGAUAUCACGAGCAGCAAGACGUGGGCACUGCUCGGUUUGACAAUCAAGCUCGCUCAAACUCUCGGAAUUGACAGAGAGUGUCCCCAGUGGAGGAUAUCAGAAAAAGAUCGCCAACGGAGACGCCGAGUAUUCCACGAAUUGCACUCUCUCGAUUGUUACGUGGCAAUGACUGUUGGACGAAUCAACUUUAUACCAGAAGGACAGCACAACUCCCCGUUGCCUCAAUCUUUACCAGGAAACUCUCCUGGUCAAGUGGAAUUUGAAAAGAUGUUCAACUGGAAGUACCUCUUUGCAGGCCAGGGCAUUCGAUCCAUGCUCAAUUUGGUCUUGUCAACGACCAAGCCCUCCUCUUAUCAAGCCAUUCUGGCUGUCGACAAAAAACUCCGAAGCUACGACUCGCUUCUCGACGCUAAGUAUGUCAAGCAGCUGGGUACCUGGCCGACACCAGAAAGCGGCACGUCUAGGCAGAUCCGAUUACAACAGCAAUUUACUCUCCUCCUACGAGAGAGUACAUUUGUUCAUCUUCAUCGUGGCUUCCUCAACCGUGCAGUAUUAGAACCGACCGGAGAUCCUAUUCUCUCCAAGUACUCCAUCUCCGUCAUGGCCGCAUACCAAAGUUCAUGUGCCCUCAUACGCCAAGUUCGACUCAUGCGAGACAAUGAGCCCGAGUUACUUCGAGUGCUCUCAUGUCCGAACGCCGUGCUUACCGCGGUGAUUGCGCUCGGUGCGCUGGUAAUACGCACACCAUUCAGUUCACUCGCGUCUGUUGCCAUUCAAGAGCUCCGCUCCGGCUGUGAACUAAUGCGCGGGUUCUUUGAUCCAAACUUUUACCUCAUGCCCGUACUAGCCAAACUGGAAUCUUGUGCGAAUAAAGCAUACGCAGAUCGAGACUCACAUCCACUCAAAGCAAAAGACAAGUCGCAAACCACGCCUCCAGCUGAUUUGCAAGAGACACUCGGGAUCUUCCUCAACAGCGAGUCUGAACUCUCGGGUCUGAACGGGGUGCUUCGCCCCCCUCAACCAGAUACUGGUGGUUCAAAUUGGUACUUUACACCCCACCACCCUGAAGCGUCCAAUGGAUAUAGCCUUCCUCCUGGGAUAGGACUUUCUUCCAAUGGACUCGACCUUCCAUUUGACACGAUACAGGGCUUUACAUAG